AUGUCUGUCAGAGCUGUGAAGACCACCACCUUCUCCACAACGUCCUCAUCCAGAGGCCCACAGGGCUUCAGCAGCCGGUCCUUCUCUGGCUACGGUGGCCGUAGUGUGGGUAGUGGCAGACAGAGCUAUGCUGUCCGCAGCUCCUAUGGGGGAGUAGGCAGCAGUGGUGCUGCUCUGGGUGCUGGAGGGUUUAAGAUGGCCGGUGGGUAUGUUGCUGGGGGUUCUGCACAAAGAGGAGGUGGAAUGGAGUUUGGUUAUGUGGGUUUCGGUGGAGGUGUAGGGGGUGGCAUUGCCAAUGAAAUGGUGGCCCCCAUCACAGCAGUGACUGUGAACAGGAGCUUGCUGGCCCCCCUGAACCUGGAGAUUGACCCCACCAUCCAAGCCAUCCGCACCCAGGAGAAGGAGCAGAUCAAGACCCUGAACAACCGCUUUGUUUCCUUCAUUGACAAGGUGCGCUUCCUAGAGCAGCAGAACAAAAUGCUUGAGACCAAAUGGAAACUUCUCCAAGAACAGACCACAUCUCGCUCCAACGUUGAUGCCAUGUUUGAAGCUUACAUCGCCAACCUGCGUAAGCAGCUGGACAGCUUGGGUCAUGAAAAGGUCAAACUGGAGUCUGACUUGCAUCAAAUGACAGGCCUGGUGGAAGACUUCAAAAACAAGUAUGAGGACGAGAUCAACAAGCGCAACGAGUGCGAGAACAACUUUGUCCUCAUAAAGAAGGACACAGAUGCAGCCUACAUGAUCAAAGUGGAUCUGGAGGCCAAACUGGAUGGACUUUCUGAUGAGAUUGAGUUCCUGAGGCAGAUAUAUGAUGCUGAAAUCAGUGAGCUGCAGAGCCAGAUCAAGGACACAUCUGUUGUGGUGGAGAUGGACAACAGCCGCAAUCUUGACAUGGAUGCCAUCGUUGCUGAAGUGCGUGCCCAGUAUGAAGACAUCGCAAACCGCAGUAGAGCCGAGGCUGAGACAUGGUACCAGAGCAAGUAUGCAGAGAUGCAGCAGUCAGCUGCUGGAUAUAGUGACGACUUGAAAUCAACCAAGGCUGAGAUGGCUGACAUGAACCGUAGGAUAAUGAGGCUCCAGUCUGAAAUUGACAUGGUCAAAGCACAGAGAAACAAUCUGGAGGCUCAGAUUGCAGAGGCUGAGGAGCGUGGUGAGCUGGCAGUGAAGGAUGCUAAACUCCGUGUCAGGGAACUGGAGGAAGCUCUUCAAAGAGCCAAGCAGGACAUGGCCCUUCAAGUCCGCCAGUACCAGGAACUGAUGAAUGUGAAGCUUGCACUGGACAUUGAGAUUGCCACCUACAGGAAACUUCUUGAGGGAGAGGAGGACAGGUUGGCGACUGGAAUCAAGACCAGUAUAUCCAAGCAGACGUCUAUGAACUACAACGCCUAUGGCCUGGAGAGCUCCCGCACUCCGUCCUACAUGAGCUCUUCAUUUGGUGGAAUCAAGGCCAGCAGCGGAUCUAUCUCUGCCAUUGGGGGAGCAACAGUGAAGAGCACCACAGUCACCAAGACAGAAACUGUGGUUAUCAAGAGUGAGGAGAAGGAGGAGCAGCAGCAGCAGCAGCAGCAGCAGGUAGCAGUCGAGGAGCAGGUAGCAGUCGAGGAGCCAGCUGUUGUGGAGGUGGAGAAGAAGGAGAAGGAGCAAGAGAAGGAGCAGGAGCAGGUGGAGGCUGAAGCUGUGUCUGAGGAGUGAUGUUUCCUUCCUGUUAUGCUGGAUUCAUGAUUUUAGUAUUGAAGAUUAAGAAAAAACACACCUACCCUGUUUAUUGUUCAGUUCUUUAAUGAUUCAUCAUCACCAAAUAAAGGGCUUGUUUCUGCUGUAAGAGGUGCAUACACAGUCACAAAGGAACUUUUCUUUCAGAUAUUCUCAGUGAAGAGGCACUCAUGGAUUAGUCUUUUCUGAAAACUCUUUUAGAUUAGAAUACUUAUUACUGUCAACUGUAGUCUCAGUCACUGCACCACAGUUAUUUAUCCACCAGGCGGCACUAUAGUACAUGUUUUCCCAUGCUACUCCGUCUUGUCCUUUGGGCUCAGUAAUAUACUUGUAAUGGGAGUAAUUUGGGGAUAAAUAAUCUGUGCUAAACUUCUUCUGUGAACCUACUGUGCCUGAACAGUGAAAUCUUCCUGACUUCUGCGGAGAGAAAGCUUUUUCGGUGUGCUGCUGUUUACAACACCUGAAAUCCUCCAGCAUUAAA